AUGCAUCCACCUACCCCAGGAUUCACGAAAGCCACAAAACGUGCUACAGCAGAUGAUUCUUUACUCCACUCAUCAAAGCGGGUCAAAAUAGGCCAACCCACAUCCUUUGCAGAAAACGAAAUUUCAGAGCAAAGCGUAACAGAUAUAAUUAAAUAUGGCGUAGAUGAAACCAAAUGGAUUACGGGAAAGUUCAAGACGGUUUACCCCAUUAUGAACGGCAAAAUUGAGACCAUGGCUGCCAUCUAUUCUUCCACUCCCACAGAUAAUGGGCAUCUAAUUUCGAUUGUUUUCCAGCUCAAGCCUCGUCUUCUUUCCAAACUCGACAUAUCAGAUCUGGAUGAAUUCCGACUACUGCUAAGAGGUUCAAAUGUUGACAUUUUACAACAACCAAGGCAUACAUGCACAUUACCUCUGCAACUUGUUUUUGCAAACCAUGUGCAUAUAUUGUGGAAGUCACAGGAGGAUGAAUCGAAAUGGGAUACUAAGACGCUAAAUACAUGGCAAUCUGCCAGGAAAUCAGCAAAUGUCGAUAAUUCAUGGUAUAGCUCUGGCGCGGAAGAGGAGACGCCGGAAGAAGUAGGGCAGUCUGUACAUUCUCCACAUAUUGCAGAACAGCCCAUAGUCAAUACCAAAGCCGACUCGAACAUACUGGAACGUGAUCAUGUUAAGCAGAAAAGAAAGCGAGAACGAUUGGAGAGAAAACGUCAAAAACAAGAAGCCGCGGCCCAGGCGUCAACAAGGGACGAUGGUCCUUCUCAAGAUGGUACGUCGAGUUCUGGGUCAAGUUUUGUGUAG